CAUUUGCGUACCAAAUAUGAAAAUGUCUGUAGCAGAGUACUGACGAAGGAAGAAUAGAAGUUUCGGCGAGAAAAAUAGAUAGAACGUGCGCGCAGGCUCGCGCAGCGACAAGCCACCGACCAUUCCGCCCUAGCCGUCCUCCUCCCCCCUCCUUCCCAGCUUCCCUCGAAGAUCUCUUUCCAAUUAAACAACAGAAACGCUCCCCCCAAAAUCCACCUUCCCACCUAGUUAACCCAUCACCCUCCUCCAGAUCCCCAACCUCCCCAAUCCGUGGCCAGCAGAAGCGGCGGCGUUUCUAGGUAGAUACAGAUAGUACUUUAAAGGGCUAAGCUGCAAAACAAGAGAUGGAUGGCAAAAAGAAGAGGAACAGGAAGAAGAAGGGAAACCAAGGGAAGAAUACUGGUGAUGCGGUGACCAAUGCCGAUGAAGCUGUUCCUCAGAGCCACAAUGAUGAUUUGGCUCCAAAAGAAAAUUAUAGUGGUGCUGAUGCAGAUGAUGCUGUGUCCAGUGUUGGAGAUGCAGUGUCCAGUGUUGGAGAGGGAACACAGUACCAGAAUCACGAGCAGACUCCGCAUGCAAAGCAGAAUGUUGCAAACACUGAUGAAACCAUAUCGUCGUCUGUUGGUGAGGUGAUUCCAUGUGACGAGAAUCACGAACCUACCAUGACACAGGAGAAUCACAAGGUCAGUAAUACAGUCUACGCAGAUCAGAGGAGUAUUGGGAUUUCAGAUUCUACCGUGGAACUUGUCAAGGACCGACUUUUUGAAUCAAAGCUUGAUAAAUUACACGAUACAAUAAAGCAAUUGGAAGAUGAGAAAGGUUUAUGGCUUCAAAAAGUGAACAAGAUGGAGAGCGAACUUGAAAAGUUGCAUAACAAAGUGGGUUAUCAUGCACAAAAUGAGGUCAUUUUGGAGGAAAAACUUAAUAAUCUACAAAAUGGGUACGAUAUGCUGGUUAAAAAUGAGGAAGUUUUGAAUAACAACGUCAAGUGCGUAGAGGAUGUCAAUGGUGUCUUAACUCAUCAGGAGACUUCUCUUAAAGAAAGAUUAAGUUUGCUGGAGGAAACCAACAAAGCAUUACAGGAGCAGGUGAAGGUAUUGGAUGAAACUUCAAAAAGUACUGUUGAGGAAAAUCAGCGGUUGGUGGUAAGUGUGGAUGAAUUGGAGUCAAGAUUACAAACCCUUGAAGCAAAGAUUGCACUUACUGAAGCCUCCAUUACUAAAGAGGUUCCUGAGAAUGAGGUGAUGAAUCAAACAGAUCUGGCCGGUUCAUUUCUCCAUAAGCAGACUGCUGAUUUUACGACCGUGAUCAGUAAAGGUAACGAACUUGCUGCUGAUAGAGGUCUGAACAGUUCGCUGGCAGUUACUUCGGACAAUAUCUACAGUCAUGUCAGCAACAUUCCUGUCGGUGCCUAUGCUAGUGAUCAUGCAGAUGAAACUUCGGUGUACUUUCCAGAAGCAACGAGCAGCAAUGGUGCUGGCCAGAGGCUCAUGAACGCAAAUGCACGCCAAGGAUUUGAUGAACCAAGAACAAGUGGUGAAAUCGUGCCGGUUCCGUUGGAUGAUAUAUUGAUUCAUGAAGAUGAUCCACAGCCAGCGGGAUCAGAUGUUGAGACGGCUGAGGAGGUUCCAUUCACCGAUGCCCCCAUUGUUGGCGCCCCCUUCCGGUUGAUCUCGUUUGUCGCUAGGUAUGUCAGCGGUGCAGACUUGGUGAACCAAAAGUAACUCCACACCUGCCCAUCGGGCUGCUUGAGAUCUGUGUGUUGGAAAGAGGAGUCCUGUUUUUUGUUGCGCUGACAUAGUUUUCAGUAAGCUUUUGGAACUUCUUCGUAACAUUAAGAUGGUGGCGAAUGUGUUGGACGGGUGCAUUGGAUUCUGCAGAGAUAUGGACGCUAUGGUGAUUCGUGGCGGUGCUUGCUGCCGAUAGAUUUUUCUUCCUCCCCUGUAAUUUUAUCAGCGGCGUGAGAAGUUAUUGUUCCCGAUUUAUACAAGAGGGCUUUGUCUGACCAUGUGAGAAGCUGUACUGGCCAGAUUUAUAUUAUAGUAACAUCUGAAAUGUUGGUAUGCCUUGUA